AUGGAACGCUCAAAUCCGGAAGGGAAACCGAAUAGCACAGUGAUCAAUGCUAGUGAAGGCAAUGAUGAAUUGAAUGACGAUGGCGUUGUUAGUCAAGAGGGUUCCUUGGUCGACGAAAUCACCGACGUCAUGGUGACGAGAAAUGAUGAGUUGGAUUUAAGACACGAGUUGCCGGAUCAUAGUGGGCUCAGUGAAAAGGAAAUCCCAGUCAUAGAAAUGAGAUUUGAUUCGCUGCAUUUAGCACAGGAGUUUUAUGCAAGUUAUGCAAAGAAAUUGGGGUUUGUAACUAAAGUCAGGAACACGAACUUCGAAAAUAUGCGGAAGGACGCAAAGAUACCCAUUAAUCACUCUCUUCACUGCACUCGAGAGGGUUAUCGAGAAUCUCGUGUUAAGGCAGUAACUAGGUCAAACAGAAUAAUAGCCACGAAAUGCAAAGCAAGAAUGUAUGUCAUGCUAGACAGGGAGAAGGAAUGUUGGGUUGCGUCCAGGGUAGAAUUGAGGCAUUCUCACCCCUGUUCGGCUAAGAAAGCUGUCCACUAUCAUGAGUACCGAGAGCUGACCAUGCAUGCCAAGUGCAUCAUUACGGAUAACGAUGAAGCUGGCAUAAGACCCAACAAGACGUAUCUAGCACUGGCAAACAAAGUUGGUGGGUCUUCAAACCUGAGUUUCUCAGAAAAGAAUGUCAGAAAUUACAUUACAAACAAUCUCCGAUGCUCCGAUGACAAUGCGGACUUCAAUGGGAUGAUGAAUUAUUUUGUUCGAAUGAAGGAAAUCAAUCCCAACUUCUUUUAUGCCAUAGAUGUUGACGAUGCUAAUAAAUUUAGGAGCGCACUCUGGGUAGAUGUAAUGUGCAGGACUUCGUAUGAAUAUUACGGAGAUGUGGUAUCGUUCGACACCACGUACAGGAGAAACAGGCAUGGUCUACCGUUUGCAUCCUUUGUCGAUGUAAACCACCAUGGGAAGUCUACUCUUCUUGGCUGUGCUUUACUUGGCAAUGAGGAGAUCCCUAAUUUCGAGUGGGUGUUCACGCAGUGGGUGAGAUGCAUUGGGACUGCGCCAAAAGGGAUCAUCACUAACCAGUGCAAGGCGAUGGCUGGUGCUAUAAGGAAGGUCCUACCUGAUACUGUCCACAGAUGGUGCAUUUGGCACAUAAUGAAGAAAACACAAUUCAAGUUUGGUGGCUACGCUAGGUACGGAGAGUUGAGUGCAAUGAUGAAUCACAUUGUGUAUAACUUUCCUUCGAGUGAAUCGUUUGAAGUUGAUUGGGCUGCUUUCAUCAAAGAAUUUACGUUAGGCCAGAACAGAUGGUUAGCAUAUCUUUAUGCGAAUCGACGUAAGUGGGUGCCAAUAUUCUUCAAGAGUGAAUUUUGGACCGGCAUGAGGAGUACACAGCGGAAUGAAAGUAUGCACGCAUUCUACGGUGGAUACCUGCAUUGCAAGAGUGUGUUGGUUCAGUUCGUCCAUGAAUACGAUAACGUGCUUGGAAACAAGGAGCAAAAGGAGCUUGAAGAUGAUGAUGCGGACUCGAAAGGAGUCAUCCCAUGUAUAGGAAGCACAGGCAUUGAGCGACAGUUUCAGCAGGAAUACACCAGUAAUAUGUUCCGGACCCUUCAGUUAGAGUUUGACCUUUUGAGUCGAAAGAGUCGGUGCGAGUGCAACAAAUUUGAAUCCGUUGGUAUAUUGUGUUGCCACAUCCUUGCGGUCUGGUCAUACUAUAGAGUUGACACAGUACCGAGCUGCUAUGUUCUUCCUCGAUGGAGUAAGAAUGUCAUCCGCAAGCACACUUACAUUAAGAGUAGCCAUGACGUGACUAAGAGUAAUGAAAGCCACAAUUUGUUCAGGCAUCUGUGUUCGGAGUUCUAUAACGUUGCUCAGGAGUUUGUUGCUUGUGAAGAGGAAGCAGCCAUCUUGCGAGCUGCCCUUUCGGAUGCAAAGUCCAAGCUGACUGAUCACCGUGCCAGCAUGCAUUCCACUACUCUUGAUGGGACUCAGAAUACGAUGCCCACACGGAGCACAUGCGAUGUUAUUUUACAUGACAUACAGGGACCCUCAAGGGUGAAAACCAAAGGACGGCCGAAGGGUAAGAGACUUGGAGCAGAGUUGGACAAGUCAAUUAAGAAGUCAAUGGAAAAAAGGAAGAGGAAAUCACAACCGGAUGUUGUUGACCUUCAGACAGAUAAUGAUCGCCAAGGUUCUGUAGACAACAGAUUUGAGGAUUCUACUAUAUGGAAUUCAUCAGAUGGUGGCGGAUUCAUGGACCUGUUGAACUCUUUUAGGCAUUUAUAG